AUGUCAUCUUCAGUACCGACGCCUCCACUUUCAAGUUUGGCGGACAAUCUUAGCUUAGAAAUAGGUGCUAGUAUGAUAAACACGUCGUUUCAUAAAACCACUGGACUUACUGAUUCGGAAUAUAUGGUUAAUCAGAGCUCGGAGUGUGAUACUAGGCAAACACAUAGAACGACGACCAAGGAUAUUUUGAAUGACCAGCUCAAAAAUUUGACUGGUGCCUUGGAGUCCAACGAUUCAUCCAUUAAAUUGACUGAUGAAGAGAAAUCGUACUUCAUUACAUUUGAAGAAUGGAAGAAACAAAAAGUGGCUAGAAAAUCUCAGGAACUUCAGCUAAAACAUAUAGAGGAGGAAGAAGAGGAGAAGGAGUCUCGUCAGCAGCGAAUUCGUUCAAGUGAAGUUGGCAGUGGUUCAUUGAACAACUUGGACGGUCCCGUUGGAGAAGAGAUGGAAUUUGAUUCAUCGUUGUUCACUGGCGAUGAGGCAGCUCCUCUUGAAGAGGGUAUGGCCUACAAAGGUCGGUUCAAUUAUGCUUCGUUUGAUUGUGCUGCUACCAUUGUGAGGACCAACGAAGAGUCUAAAGGCUCCAACGCUGUUUUGAAUGAGAACAAAGACACCUAUCUGCUUAAUCAAUGUAAAGCCCCUCACAAGUUCUUAGAUAUAGAACUUUGUGAGGACAUUUUGGUCGAUGAGGUUAUGAUAGGUAAUUUUGAGUUUUUUUCGUCCGUCUUCAGAGAUAUUCGUAUAUCAGUCGGCGAUAGAUAUCCUACAACCGAUUGGAAAGUUAUUGGUGAGUAUGAAGCUGAAAAUUUGAGGAAGCUACAGAGGUUUAAGAUUGAAGAUCCAAUGAUCUGGGCCAGAUUUCUUAGAAUAGAAAUUCUUUCUUACUAUGGAAGCGAAUUCUAUUGUCCGAUUUCAACUAUUCAAGUUUAUGGUAAAACUAUGAUGGAGCAAUUCAAAGAGGAGAAUCACGAGACCAGUUUCAGCGUCCAGACAGAGAAAGAGGACCCACUUGAUGCAUCUAUCGAGUUCAACGUUGAUUUAAAUAAUGAUAGCGAGGUUUUGGACUUGAAAGAUAUUGAGAAUGAUGAUGUUUCAUGUGUUAUUGUUCCUCAUGUUGGCUUGGAGCAAUUUCUUGAAGGUCAUAAACAAGAAGAGCAAGAUCUUUGCACGAUGAAUACGACGGUAGUUUUCGGUGAGAGUAACACCAACAUAUCUACGCAGUAUAUUUCACUUGAAACAACUAGCUCUUCGUCUUCUCAGGAAUCAAUUUACAGAAACAUUAUCAAGCGACUCUCAUUAUUAGAAUCUAAUGCUACGCUUUCUUUACUCUACAUCGAAGAGCAAUCAAAAAUACUCUCCGAGGCAUUUGAAAACUUAGAAAAUAGACAGAAAAGUCGAUUUGAUAAACUCAUUGGUCAACUGAAUACCACUAUACAUUUCCAAGUGACUCACUUUCGGAAGUUAAAUACUGACAUGGCAGUCAAUUUUGAAGGACUAUUGAAUUACCAGAACCACAGAUUUGAGAGUUUUAUGUCCUCGUAUAAGCAGCGGAUGGACUCGUUUCAAAGUUCACUUAGUUUCCAGAAGAGGAUGAACUUUUUCAAUUUUGUUGUGAUUAUCUUUCUUUUAACAUACAUUUUAUCUCUGAAAGAUAACUUAGACGUGGAUUACUACCACGGUAUUGAUAUAGGAGCUCAGCAUGUGACCUCAAAGAAUAUUCAGAGAUCUUCGAGCGAUACUACUGUGGACUCUAUCUUUUCUAGUUCUGUUUCAGUACCUGAUGUAUUGGAAAGCAAGAUAAAGGAUAAGAUCACGGUUAGUGGAUCUAGUAACGAUGAUAAAGGAGAUAAAGAACUUCUUAAAGCUAUUGAUGGCAAAGGAAGUCCAGAUUUAGUUAUAUCUGAUAUAGAGGUUGAUACUAAGUCGAUGAAACAAUCUUCCCCAGUGGUGGAGAAGAAAAACGAUACUGCUUCAAAGGUGUUGAGAGAAAUAGCUCCUUCAAGUAGCAGAUAA